UUUCCGAUAUCCAGCUUCUGCUAAACAACUGAACCUUGAAUUUCUAGCUGCCAUGUUUCAGCGUCUGGCUUUAUUUUAUGAGACACACAUCAAACCCCAUCUGUUUCCCAGUGAGGACCUGUCAGACAUGGGGAGUGAGAAUCUUCACCACAGAAAGAUCAGGCUUGCUGGCCGGGACAUUCAGAACACCAGCCUACCCCUGAAGAAAAGAGUACAGGCAGCCUCCUAUAUUGGGCUACUGGCCUACACAGGUGGCUACGCGGCUGGGACAUGCGCUGGAGAGUUCAUGGCUAGCCUCAUUGGCUUUCUAAAGCAUCCUGCCAUCAUGGACAAAGGCAUCAUGACAGUUCUGCAGAGUCUGAGUGGCAUUUGCUACAUACACCUUCACAACCAGAAAAGGGCAAAGGACCUGGAACUCGUCGACAUUCUCCUGAACAUCCUGCAUAUGAAGGAAGCCACCCUCUUACUAAACAAGUCCACCCAAGUGAAGUUCUGGAGCUGCUACUUGUUGAGUGUUCUCUGCUGCAACAACAUCCCCAUUAUCAAAACACUAAAUAACUCAGAGAGACUACAGAGAGACCUGGAGAUCUUGGCACACAAGGGGUGGUAUGGCUGGCCCAAUAACUACGCCAAGGAAUUGCUCCAGCUCCUGGGAUAUGCAAGGCCCAAGCACUGACUAGUAUACUGCCAACGUCACAAGCAAUACUCCGUAAAAUUGAAAUUCAUACAAGGUUAAGGUGUGCUUUAGUAAAAGCUUUCAUACAAA